CAUAACCUAAACCCUUAACCCUUCAUGUAAUUCACUGAUUCAUUCUACAAUUACAAACACUAAUUUUACCGCUCUAUUUUUCUCCAAGCUCCACCUUUCACUUCAUCUGUAUACGCGAUUUAAUCUCCACCAGCUUCCCGUAUGGCGACGGCGAGCGAUGGAAGGGCUCCGUACGAAAGCCGUGGAGACGGUGAAAAGUCCCGCAAGAGGCCUUUCCGGCCAGAGCUUAAUGAAGAACCCCAGAAUGUUUCACAGGAGGGAGGGCAAAAUAAUUUAGCUGGGAAUCGUGCUAGCACUUCUGUUAUCAUUGGGACAUCUGAGCUUGAACAAAUGUUGAACCAGAUGACCUUUACUAGUUCUGAAAUCCAACGCCUGACAGCAUUGCUGCAUUCAAGAGCUUGUGAUAAUGUUGUUGUCGAACGCGAUGUUCCAAUGACACGAAUGGCUUCACCACAACAGACAACAAGUAUAGAGAACCUUUCGGGUGAUCUUCUAUCAAAAAUAUUCAUCCUCUUAAUGGCAAAACAGCUCGCUCAGAUGAGAUGCGUCUCGAAAUCAUGGAAUGCCAUCUUAUCUCAAUCCUCCUUUAUAAAAUCCCACCUCCAUCAUUCCAUCAAUAACAACGAUCAAAUUCUCGUAGUCUUCGUCAACAAUCUGUCUAUAAACCACAAACUGUUCACCUCAUACCUCUAUCCGACUCAUUCCCCCCAUCGCGUACUCGCUAAUUUCAUCAAAAUCCCCCGGGUGAAGCCUGGGUAUACUUAUCGUAUGAUCAAAAUUAUCGGUUCUGUUCACGGAUUGAUAUGCUCUAGUUAUGGUGAUUAUGUCAUUCACAUUUGGAAUCCCUCUCUCCGCGCUGAGUCAGCUCUCCCCCCAUAUUCUUUCCCCUAUUGCGGUUGUUAUGAAAUCUCUUUCCGCUUCGGGUUUGAUUCCAAAACUCUGGAUUACAAAGUUGUUAAGAUUACAGGCCUCACCGGACCGGAGCAAACAUCAACAUCAGAAGAAGAAGAAGAAGAAGACGAUGUUCCUAGUUUUCGGUAUCUCAUCAUAAAGUGGCUGCAGGUUGAGAUUUACAGCAUGAGAACGGGCUCAUGGAAGUUAAUCACUCAAAGGUUUCCAUCUCAUAUCACGAGGAUUUUCGAUAAUGAUAAGGCCUGUGUAGAUGGCCAUGAUGGGCGUCUUCAUUGGGUUGGUCAUACUAAUGAGAAGCUUGAUUCAGAAGUGAUAGUGGCGUUUGAUUUGGGUUCAGAGACUUUCCUUGAGAUGACUUUUCCGGAUUCUAUACUGGAUUACUAUCGCUCCAACACUUUAGGAGUUUUGGGGGGAAAGCUUUGUGUGAUGUCAGGAGAUGGGGAUGCUGAAAUCCAGGUGUGGGUGGCUGAAUCAUGGGUCAAACGCCAUGUCUUUCACUUUUCACAUGAUCCUGAUCACGCGUUUAAUGGAUUCACAUCACACAAUGAGUUUUUCAUCGAAGAUGCCGAUGAUUGUCUUGUUUUCUAUGAUCAUAUUGCAGACAAGGCUAAAAUAUUGGAGAAAUAUCCUGGUGGAAAAUGUAACACAAAUAGGAUCGUGGAGUAUGUCGACAGUCUUGUUUGGAUUGCACCUCCCCCAUGAGAUGAGCAGCGUCUAUUGAUUUCACAUUUUGAAGAAUCGUCUCUACAAAAGACAAGGCAUCAGAUCUACUUCUUCUAUAUGCUUCGUGACUUUUGAAAGAAUUUUAUAUCUUUUGAGUCCUGUGGCUAACAGGAGCGUAACAUAUUUACAUUAACAAAUUUUAAACGCAAAACGUCGGUUAUGUAUUUUCUGUUAAUCUUUUGGUUUGCUCAAGAUUACAGACUUCUAAUGAUUAAAUCUGCCAACAUCAUCGCUCUUCUAUUUAA